AUGUCCAAACUCUUUGACCUGGACUUCAUGGCCCUUGACAUUACUGGAAAGAACUAUUUGUCAUGGAUUUUGGAUGCAGAAGCGCACCUUAGUGCCAAGACUUUGGGAAACACUAUUGUUUUGAACAACAAAGAAUCCCCUGAGGAUCACUCCAAAGCCUUAAUAUUUCUCUGUCAUCACCUUGACGAGGCUUUGAAGUCCCGAUAUCUUACGGUGAAAGACCCGUACACUUUGUGGAUAGAGCUGAAAGAUCGUUUUGAUCAUCAGAAAACAGUGAUUUUACCUCGUGCAAGGUAUGAGUGGAUGCAUAUGCGCCUCCAAAACUUCAAGAGUAUUAAGAAAUAUUCAGAGCUUAUCUCUUGCCUUCUAGUAGCUGAGCAGAAUAAUGAGUUAUUACUCAAGAACCAUCAAAGUCACCCAGCAGGUUCAAUAGUUGCUCCAGAAAUGAACGCUAUGAAACUUCCCGAAGGAUUUCGUAUGCCUGAAGCAGACAAGUCCAAAGGUCGUAGUGUAUACUCAAUAAAACUUCAAAGAGCUCUAUAUGGACUAAAGCAAUCUGGAAGAAUGUGGUAUAAUCGCCUCAGUUAUUGA